ACCGGACCCCACAUCCUUUUUCUCCCGUGCGCAAAUAAAUGCACGUAAAGGGAAAGGAGCUUCGCGUUCCGUAAGCCGAACGCCCAUCGCCUCCGGCUCUCUUCGCCGAACUUGGAAGGCCCAUAUUGGAUCCAUUGCCACACCCUCUCUUCCUCUUCGAGAAGAAGGAAAGGCGGUGGGUUCUUCCGCGAGAUCUGUGUCUCCCGCGAGAUCUGGACAGCCAGAGGAGGCUUGGAAAGGGGAGGGAGGGAGGAAGAAGGAAGGACUCGACAGAGGAAGCACGCCAACCGAGGGUUGCUGCAUGUCAGAUCGUGGCAACGGUAUUGGCCACUACUACGGCGGAUUCGGUGAGCUUGCCAACCCUCUGCAAUGGCCACAACUGAGGAAAAAGCGACGCCUUGCUGUUCUCCCAGCCUCCUGCCUCCCAAGGCCAGCGGCGCCAAGGGAGGAGCGCCUCGGAGCGAGGCGGCGGUCGGGGAAUGGAUCGCGGCGGCGGAUCCAAAGCGGCCUGCCUCGGCAGCGACGGCCAUGAGCCCGCUCGUCCCCGUCGAGGACGUCAAGGACCCUCCCGCCAAGGCUUCCCUUCCGGGCAUCCCCAUGAUGAUGAGGGCUCAGACAAGGCACCCCCUGGAUCCAUUGUCUGCUGCUGAAAUCUCUGUUGCAGUAGCAACUGUUAGGUCUGCUGGUGCAACUCCGGAGGUCAGAGAUAGUAUGCGGUUUGUUGAAGUAGUUCUUUUGGAGCCAGAGAAAAAUAUUGUGGCAUUAGCUGAUGCCUACUUUUUCCCCCCUUUCCAACCAUCACUACUUCCCAGAACAAAGGGUGGUCCUGUCAUCCUGAGUAAGCUUCCACCCAGGAGGGCAAGGCUUGUUGUCUAUAACAAAAAGUCAAAUGAGACAAGCAUCUGGAUAGUUGAGCUGUCUGAAGUACAUGCAGCAACUCGUGGUGGUCAUCACAGGGGAAAAGUGAUCUCCUCUGAAGUUGUUCCUGAUGUACAGCCUCCUAUGGAUGCUAUAGAAUAUGCGGAGUGUGAAGCUGCUGUUAAAAACUAUCCUCCAUUCAUAGAGGCAAUGAGAAAGAGAGGAGUAGAUGAUAUGGAUCUUGUAAUGGUAGAUGCUUGGUGUGCUGGUUACCACAGUGAUGCUGAUGCUCCCAGCCGCAGGCUUGCAAAACCACUCAUUUUUUGUCGGACAGAGAGUGACUGCCCUGUGGAGAAUGGUUAUGCACGUCCUGUUGAAGGCAUCUAUAUUCUUGUUGACAUGCAAAACAAUCUGAUAAUUGAGUUCGAAGAUAGAAAAUUGGUCCCUCUGCCUCCAGCUGAUCCAUUGAGAAACUAUACACCUGGAGAAACUCGUGGAGGUGUUGACAGAAGUGAUAUAAAGCCUCUGCAUAUUCUUCAGCCUGAAGGUCCAAGUUUUCGUAUAAAUGGUUAUUUUGUGGAGUGGCAAAAGUGGAGCUUCCGUAUUGGUUUCACCCCAAGGGAGGGCUUAGUAAUACACUCUGUGGCAUACAUUGAUGGCAGUCGGGGACGGAGACCUGUGGCACAUAGGUUGAGUUUUGUUGAGAUGGUAGUUCCCUAUGGAGAUCCAAAUGAACCACAUUAUCGUAAGAAUGCAUUUGAUGCUGGUGAAGAUGGCCUCGGGAAAAAUGCUCACUCUCUUAAAAGGGGUUGUGACUGCCUGGGCUACAUCAAAUACUUCGAUGCUCAUUUUACAAAUUAUACUGGUGGUAUAGAGACUAUUGAAAAUUGUGUUUGUUUGCAUGAGGAGGAUCAUGGAAUCUUAUGGAAGCAUCAAGAUUGGCGAACGGGCUUAGCAGAAGUUAGGAGAUCAAGAAGGCUAACCGUGUCCUUCAUAUGCACAGUUGCUAACUAUGAAUAUGGGUUUUUCUGGCACUUCUAUCAGGAUGGUAAGAUUGAAGCAGAAGUAAAAUUGACUGGAAUUCUCAGCUUAGGAGCAUUGCAACCUGGUGAAUCAAGAAAAUAUGGUACAACCAUCGCUCCAGGCUUAUAUGCGCCAGUUCAUCAACAUUUCUUUGUUGCUCGCAUGGACAUGGCUGUUGAUUGUAAACCUACCGAAGCCUUCAAUCAGGUGAUUGAGGUAAAUGCCAAGGUAGAAGAUCCAGGUCAAAAUAAUGUUCAUAACAAUGCUUUUUAUGCUGAAGAAAAGCUUCUCAAGUCAGAGCUGGAAGCUAUGCGUGAUUGUGAUCCUUUCUCUGCACGUCACUGGAUUGUAAGGAACACAAGGACUGUAAAUCGGACAGGUCAACCUACAGGUUAUAAGCUCAUGCCUGGUCUGAAUUGCCUCCCAUUAGCUGGUCCAGAGGCAAAAUUCUUGAGAAGAGCUGCAUUUUUAAAGCAUAAUCUAUGGGUUACACCUUACAGUCGGGAUGAGAUGUACCCUGGAGGAGAGUUUCCCAAUCAGAAUCCCCGCAUAAAUGAGGGAUUAGUGACAUGGGUUAAGAAGAACAGGUCCCUUGAGGAAGCUGACAUUGUUCUAUGGUACGUAUUUGGAAUCACACACAUACCCAGGUUGGAAGAUUGGCCUGUCAUGCCUGUGGAUCGGAUUGGCUUUAUGCUCAUGCCGCAUGGCUUCUUUAACUGCUCCCCAGCAGUGGACGUGCCACCGAGUGCUAAUGAAAUAGACAAGGAUGGUGGAUCGCCCAAGUUGAUCCAGAACGGACUGCUCGCUAAGCUUUGAGAGGGAGGGAUGUAAAAGCUGAACAUCUAAUAUAUCAAUAUGUUAAAUAAAGCAUCACCGGUGAGACCUUGUUGCUAGUGAUUCUAUGUUUGCAGUGUGCUAGAUUGUGACUUGGAUUAAGUUUGAUCGUCGUGCGGUACCCUUUCCCCUUGUUUGGAAAUUGCUUCUCUUAAUCUUCUUUGUCUUGAAGUCAUAUGAAUGUUGAUCUUUUCCUUCUUUA